GUCGCAAAUUUGAUGAGUAAUAUCAUCACAGAAGGACAUUCUAUUUUGAGGCCACCGUAUUUCAGCGGUAAAAAUUACCCCGAUUGGAAGGAGCGUAUGAAAAUAUUCAUAAAAUCUGUUGAUAUUAAGCUUUGGCUUGUGAUAAAAAAUGGACCAACAAUUCCAACAAAGACAGUGAACAAUGUAGAAGUUGAGAAAAGUGAAGAUGAAUACGAUGAAGAAGACAUAAAGAAUAUGCAACUAGAAGCAAAAACAAGAAAUAUUUUAUAUUGUGCAAUGAAUAAAGAUGAUUUGGAAACUUUUUCAACGGCCACAACAGCCAAGCAAAUGUGGGACGACCUUGAAAGGGAUAAGGAAAUCAGAGUUGAUGUGCCUCCUACUCCACAACGACAAUCCUCUGGCUUGCAAACCCCAUCAAAUUCAGAUGUAGAAAAUCAAUCUAAUUCUCCUAUCCUUGACUAUUUACAGGAAACAAGGGAAGCAUUGGACAAAUUUCUGAACCUUUGCGUGCCCCUUCACAAGCAUGCCCUAAUGGGCAAUUGGGCAGCUGCCAAAGCCAUCAUAGACCAAGAAAGUAGACUGAAGCACGCAGCAAUAGCAAGUGGUUGGCAUACACUGCUGCAUGUUGCUGCUGGUGCAAACCAAGUUGAAUUUGUGCAGAAGUUGCUCAAUAUACUUGAUGAUGAUAAACACGUUGCAUUGCAAGAUAUGAAGGGCAACACUGCAUUCUGCUUCGCUGCUGCGUCUGGGAACAUGCCUAUUGUUGAAUCAUUGAUGAAAAGAAAUCGACGCUUGCCAACAAUCAGGGGUGGAGGUGGUUUUACACCCCUUCAGUUUGCUGUGAUGCAAGGAAAAUGCGACAUGGCACACUUUCUUUACGAGGAGACCAAAGCAACAUUCGAAGAUGAAGACAAGAAAUCAUUGUUCUUCAGUUCGAUCAAGACUGGAAACUAUCACUUGGCCUUAAAAAUGGCAAGAGAGUAUCGAGAGCUAGCUUUUGCACGUGAUCUGAAUGAGGAAACAGCUUUGCAUCUUUUGGCUCAAAAUCCAAACCCUUUGGAUUCUUCUUGUCAUUGUUCAGAACAUCAAUAUCCCAUCAACAUCAACCCCGGCAUGAAAAAACAAGUGAUUUUUCAGUUGGUUAGUUUUCUCUGGAAAACAAUUCUUAGGGGCAGAGACCUCAAGGCGGCAAUUAGAAUCAUAAGUACACCUUCUCAAGUAUUAUUUGAUGCUGCAGAAGUUGGUAAUUUUGGAUUCUUGUCUGAGCUUAUUAGUGAUCACCCUAGUUUGAUAUGGGAAGUGGACAACAAAAAGCAAAGUAUAAUUCACACAGCAAUUUCACAUCGACAAGCUAGCAUUUUCAAUCUCAUACAAGAAAUAGGGUCUCAUAAGGAUAUUAUAGCAAGAUAUAUCGUGGAAGAAAAAGACCCUAAUUUUCUUCACCCCAAAACGAGAAACAACACUUUAUUGCAUUUGGCUGCAAAAUUAGCCCCACCAGGUCGACUUGAAAUAAUUUCUGGAGCAGCAUUACAAAUGUGCCACGAGUUAGUAUGGUUUGAGGAGGUAAAGAAGAUAACGCCACCAUCGUGGAUAAAUUUGGAAAAUUCUGAUAAACUCACUGCCCAGGCAUUAUUCACAAAGGAGCACAAAGGAUUGCGAAAAGAUGCAGAGGAUUGGAUAAAGCGCACUGCCGAGUUUUGUAUGAUUAUUUCAACUGUUAUUGCUACAGGAGUAUUCGCUGCUGCAAUCAACAUACCAGGUGGUAUCAAUGAUCAAACAAAUCAACCAAAUUACUUGGACAAAACAGCAUUCUUGGUAUUUGCAAUAUCAGAUGCAGUUGCAUUCAUCUCAUCUACUACUUCAACAUUAAUAUUCUUGUCUAUUCUUAUCUCACGUUAUGCGGAGUAUGACUUUCACAAGAUAUUGCCAUUUAAGCUGAUAUCUGGAUUGAUUACACUAUUCAUCUCCAUUGCAUGCAUGAUGGCAGCAUUUGGCAGUGCCUUCUUCAUAACGUACAACGAUGGUUUGAGGGUGGUUCCUGUUUCAAUUUCAGUGCUCGCAUGUCUACCAAUGCUUUUAUAUAUAGCUUUGCAAUGUACGUUAUGGUUAGAUAUCAUUAAGUCAACCUUUUAUUGUAAGAAUCUCUUUAAGCCAAGUAAACGUAUGAUUUACGUAUUGGAUAAUUAGAGACAUUUUAAUCAAGGAUCAUAUUUUGAUCUGUCAUGUUGUAAUAUAUUAUUUUGAUUUAGAAACUAAUAUUGAAUGUCUAUGUGAUCUUCUGUGCAUGUGUUGUGAGGGU